GGCCGGUGAGCGUGUGUUUUUGGGUGUUUGGCCACCAUAAUAAGUCGGUUUUUUGGCGAAACGGUACUAGGAACGAACGGAAUGCUGAUCACACGAUGGACCUGCGGUCUGUUCCGACCAGCGACCGGUGUUUUUCGGUUCGACCGUUCUGCACCUUCCGUCGCGAAACGAACGAUAUCCUGCUCUUCCAGCAUCCACGGAGCUGCAGCCGAUGAUGGAUCCCAAUCCGCCCAGAAACCGUAUUCCUUCGAAGCACUAUCGGGCCGUGCACUGGUACGGGUUCACGGCGACGACUCCAUAAGCUUCCUCCAGGGACUGAUGACGAACGAUAUGCGCCACUUCGAGCACGGCCGAGCGAUCUAUACCAUGUUCCUGAGGGUUAACGGGCGUGUGUUUUGCGAUGCACUCGUGUACCGGCAUCCGGAAGCCAAGGGAAAUGAUGAUUUCCUGCUCGAAUGCGACCGACCCGUUGCUUCUCGGUUAGAGAAACACCUGAAGCUGUACCGUUUGCGGAAGAAAGUCCAGGUGCAGCUGGAAGAAACAUACCACAGCUGGGUUGCGUACAGGGAACAGAUCGAUCCGGAAACGAAAACACUACCGACGGAAGAAAGGAAAGCACCUACCGAUCCUCAUCUGUUUAAAGAUCCACGACUUCCUCGGCUCGAUUACCGUGUCCUGCUGGCUGGUGGUGAUGAUCAGACCGCAAAAUUGGAUCGAUUACUCGAAAAGAUCCCUGGCGUGAUUGCCACCGUCCCCCGUUUUGUGCCGUUCCGUUACGCCCUUGGUAUCGGCGAAGGAGAACUCAAUUUACCGGAUGGAAAGGCGUUUCCGCUCGAGAGCAACUGUGAUUGGCUGCACGGUGUAAGCUUCCACAAGGGUUGCUACAUCGGCCAGGAACUAACGGCCCGUACCUACCACACCGGAGUAACACGGAAACGCCUGAUGCCACUGCAGUUCGAGGGGCUACCGCUGGAAGACGUUCCGGUGGAUGUGUUACGUGAGGCGGAUAUUAAAAAUGAAGCUGGUGCAUCCGUUGGCAAACUACGGGGAUAUGCUGCUGGUCGCGGGCUCGGAUUGUUGCGUAUUGAGAAGGUGCUUCCGGCCGGUGGACCUUUAACGUUGACCGUACCCGGCAUCACGGACAGUAUCGUGUGUCACACCAGUAGACCAUUCUGGUGGCCAAACGACACAAACACACGCUCCUAG